AUGAAGUCGGGCAAGCUCGGGUUCGAGGGCUCCCAGGAGGUGCAGCACCGGAUGCGCAUCACCCUCUUCUCCAAGUCCGCCAAGAACUUUGAGAAGGUGUGCUCCGGUCUGGUGAAGGGCGCCAAGGAGAAGCAGCUCAAGGUCAAGGGCCUCGUCAAGAUGCCCACCAAGGUGCUCAACAUCACCACCAGGAAGUCCCCCUGUGGAGAAGGUAGUCGCCUACCACUCAUGUGAUCUAAAAUAACAUUAUGUAAAACAA